CUUCUAUUUACUAUUUGCUUGUGAUAUCGGAACAGGAGGGAAUGUCUACUUGGCAUUCGUAAAAACAAGAAAAUGAGGAUAGGUGUAGUAUCACAGAUCAAAAACAAUAAACAUAUUUCUCAUUCGAUAACUAGGAAUCACAUGUAAUAGUUCCAUGGAGGAAAAGAUAGAAAAGUAUUAUGAAUGUUGUGAAACGAAGUAUUAACAAAAAUUGUGAUAUUUCACCCAAAUCAUUUUUGAAAUUAUGAUACACUCCUAGUAUUUUUUCAGUAUUUUAUAAGUUAUGGCUCAAAGUAUUAUUGACUUUACAGUAACUGAUAGCAAUAAAAAAACUCCACUUGAUCCUCUGCCAACUAAUGAUGAGAAUAAUGAGCAAAAUAAUGAUUUGAAUUAUUCUGCUCCUUCAAGUUUUACUGAGCAGAAAGUAGAUAUUGAAAAUAAUGUUGAAGAACUAAAGCAAUCCCCAAAACAUUGUACUCAACCUUCAUUGUCAGAAGAUCAUUCUUAUAUUACGAAUUCAUCUUCUGAAUCAAAUUCUGCUUCCAUCAAUGUUAGUUCUACAGAAACAGAAAAUCCUUCAAAUGAACAGGAUUUUGCAUCUAAUACUCGAGAACUGGAUAGUGUGUUAAUCGAAAAUACUCAGAAUUCUUCUAUUGAAAAUGAUUUGCAAAAUACUGAAAAAAACAUUUUAAAUGAAAAUACAGCGAUAUGUGAAAUAUCUGAAGAAAAUUCUAGUAGUGAAGAUAAUUCUAUAACGCCUGAAGGAAAUUCUAGUAGUGAACCUGUAACACCUGACCAUCAAAAGAAUUGGGAUGAAGAAAGGCGAAAUUUUAUUAGGAUAACUGAAUAUGUGAAAGAAUUAGAAUCAGUAAAUGCUGGCUUAGAGAAUGAAAUAUCGGAACUGAAACUGAGGUUAAGCCAUCAAGAACUUUCAUUCAAGGAAGCAGAACUUAAGAUGCGAGCUGAAUUCUUAAACAAUAUUGAAAAGCUUUCAAAAGAAUGCAAUAUUCUUCGCAAAGAAAAGGAAGCAAUCGUAAUUCGCUAUGCAAACAGCGAAAAAGAAGUUAUAAAGGAGAAGAAAAUCCAACAGGAAUUAGAGAAAAAAAUUAAAGAUUUAAAUAAGGACCGUGAUAAUCUUCUAUCUAAAAUUAAAGGGCUGAGCUCUGAAAACAGUCGCCUUUCUUCUAGUUAUGAAAGUAAGAUGGUAGAUAUAGCAAAAUUGCAGAAAAACUUCGAUAAACUAAAUGCUGACUUUAAUUCUAGAGAAAUUCGAAUCAAAUGGUUACAAAAUAAAUUAAAGACAGAAACAGGCUCCCAUCAGGAAACUCAAAUAAAGCUAGAUCAUACAUUGCACCGGCUGAAUGAAAUGAAAGAGGAAGCUGAGCAAGUUCGUAAAGAUUGCCAGGAAAUGAUUAAAUGUUACCAAGAAGCAGAGGAAAUAAAAUCUGUGAAACUAGAUAGCCAGUUAAAGCAAAAACUUUCAGAACUUGAAGUACAAAAGCAAGAAAAAUGUGACCAAGAUCAGGUAUAUCAACUUCUCAGACACGAGUUAGAAGCUUUAAAGAGAAAACAAAGGAUGACUAUGGAAGAAAACAAUACACUUACUUUGAAGAUUCACAGCUUAGAAAAGGAAAGAUUAGAAUAUGAGCAAAAUCUGAGCAAAUUAAAAGAUAGCCAAAAUAUGUCAAAACAGGAAAUAAGCGAUCUUACUGCUCGCCUAGCUGAGAUGGAAACCUUGCGUUUACAACUAGAGAGGGAGAAAGAAAAAUCUGCUGCCAGUUUACGAGAAAUCGAACGACUACGUUUGACUAACGCUGAACUGCAAGCUGAUAUGAAUGCUUGUCAUAUAAAGGAAGGAGAGUUGUUAAAGUUUACUGAAGGUGUUACUGAUACAAAUGUAAAAUUACAGUCUGCUCACUCCUUAUUAGAAGUAAAGGCACAGGCAUUAGAAGAUGAAAUGGCUGAAACUAAAAAAAUGUUAAAUGAUCUACAGCAAAAGCAUGCACAUUUGAUAUCUGAAAUGGAGACACUAAAAAAAGAACAUGAAGAGGAAGUGCAAUUGUUGGCAAGAAAACUAGCAGAAAAGACAAAAAAUGUUGAGAAGUUGAAUAUAAAGCUAGAUGAAGCAGAAAAUGAAAAUAGAGUGUUGAAACGACGCCACAUUGCUAGCAUAAAAGAACUUUCUCGGGAGUUACAUGAAUGCAAAAGACGAUUGGAUAACUAUGAAUCAACUAAUGGCAUUAGAACUGAAUCUGCUAGUCUUGGAUCUCGUAGUAGCUCUACAGCAUCUCUUGAUGUUGUAAACUCAAAUGAUGGUAGAACAAAUACCAUUUCACCAUCAUCUUCUACUGCAAAUCAUUCUAAUAAGAAAGGAACAUCCAAUCCUGCGCCUGAGGCCAGUUCUUCCGACAUUCCUGGAAUCGAUAAAGAAAUGCUCAUUGAAAGGAUAAUCAAGCUUCAAAAAACUCUAGCUCGGAAGAAUGAUAAAAUUGAUUUUCUAGAAGAUCAUAUUGUACAACUCGUCAAAGAAAUGAGGAAAAAAUCAAAGUGUGUUGAUUUUAAGACCGUGUAAAAGAUUAUCUAUUAUAAAAUAUGUCUGCCUUAUAGAAUUUUUUUAUGAAGUUCAUUUGUGACUGAUUUCUUUUGGAUUCAUGUUACGGACCUUUGUAUAUGUUGUAUUAUAUGUAUAAAAAAUUUUAUUUCAAAAACAAUUUUAAAUAAACGUACAAUUUCUUUAAAUUAGAAUUAUGAUAUUAGCGUAUGUUUGUAUAUAUGUUAGUUUUGUAUCAUCAACAUACGUUCUUUGGUAUUUUCUUCUUAUAUUUAUCUACAUAUUUUAAUUUUACCAUUUUUUUCUUUUCUUUUUUUUAUUAUGUAUGUGGGAGUGCCACAUGAAGCUGGCUUUGAAAAAGGCUUAAGGGUUGAUGGAAUUUUGGGAAUAAAUCGCACAAUACACAUGUACUCUGGACCGUAGUUAUUAUUUUUUUUCUGAUAAUAAAGUUAGAACUUUUUUUGAAGGUAUAAAUAAAAUGACAAACUAAUAUCGUCUCAAAAUAUAUUAUAAUUUUCUAAUUACUUAGUUUUAUUUCCUGUUUUAAUAACUAAUAUUAAAAUGAAAUUUAACCUGUAAUUGCAUAUGGAUUUCUUUAAUCAUACUUACGGUUAAUACACUUCAAUGAAAUAUACUUUACAACACUCAAGCUUUGUCAAAGUUAAUUGCUUGCGCUGUUUUUGUUUGAUAACAGUAAAUCUUUUCAUAAUUUUUUUCUGAAAAUUUACUAAAUGAUACAUUUUUUAUGUAUAGAUUCUUUUCUGUUGUUUAUAGAAGGUGGUUCAAUAUUUUGAUUUUUUUCUUCAGUUUAACAUUUCUAUGAAUAAUAAUCAAUUUUAACAACAACGAUUUAAAAACUUAAUUAACCUUUGUAUGUAAAAUUCUGUGAUUGAGACUGCAGCACCCAAUUAUCUGUCAUCCUGGGAAUAAAAAGUUUUAUUUUCUUACUUAAUUUAAAAUUAUUGUAUAUAUUGAUAAGAAAAUCCAAGCAUGAAAUUAAAUCAUAUCGGGAUUUGCAAGUGUCUUCAGAUUUGGUUGGUAAAUUCGUCCAAAAUAUUUUUAGUUACAGAUAAUGAAAUAUAAUUUAAAACUUUGAAAUCAAAGCAUAGAUCUCUCAUCAUUUAGCUUUGAAUAUUGCAGUACAAAAAUAGGUGUAGCAACUGUCUGCGAAUUAAUCGAUGGUUUAAAAAAAUGCAAUUUUCUGCAUGAAGCUAAAGUGACAAUUGGUAUUAUUGCAUCAUGUAAAUAAUGUAAUGAUUUUAUACAAACUUUAUGUUAGAACUUAUCCAAAAAAUCAAAUGUUUCUAGGAAAUCCACUAUUCAUUAGGAGUCAUUGAUGUUCAUUUUAACUUCUAUAGUGAUAAGGCAAGAACGCUAAGUGAUAUUGGUCAUCUGGCAGCGUGUAAGUCUUCUCUAAUGUGGCAUACUGCCAGAUUAUCUGAUCUGUUCUGAUUAAUAAUAGUUCUAUAAAAUUGUAUUUUAACAUGAAAAAAAAAAUACAUAA